AUGUCGACCUACAGUUUUCCUACCAAUGACUUUGCGGCCCUUUCUAGCCAACCAAUCGCAGUUGUGGGGAUGGGGAUGCGCCUCCCCGGCGGCGUUCGAACGGCAGAGCAGUUCUGGGAUGCACUUAUCGAGAAAAGGGAUUGUUCGUCAGAGGUCCCCAAGAGCCGAUACAAUGUGGACGGUUUCUAUAGCGCGGAUAAACCCGGGGCAGUGAGGACGCGAAGAGGAUACUUUCUUGAAGAUGAGUACAUCGGGAAUAUUGACUUGAACUUCUUCCCGGCGAUUCCUGGCUUUGAAAUGGACGAAUUAGAUCCGCAACAGACUUUGUUGAUGGAGGUCAUUUGGGAGUGUAUGGAAAAUGCCGGCCAGACAGGCUGGAAAGGCAAAGAUAUUGGCUGCUACGUUGGUGUUUUUGGCGAGGACUGGCAUGAGAUCGCAGCAAAAGAGACACUAUCAAUACCUCGUGUGCAUGCCUUUGCUAAUGGGGCGUACACGCUGUCCAACCGCGUCUCUUAUCAAUUCGAUCUGAAAGGCCCAAGUGCGACUAUCAUGACUGCAUGCUCAUCGUCCUUGACAGCUCUUCAUGAGGCCUGUCAGGCCCUAAACGAUGGUAGUUGUUCCUCCGCCAUCGUAGCCGGAACCAAUAUGAUUCUAACGCCUUCUAUGACAAUAAACAUGUCGGACAACACUGUUCUAUCUCCGGAUGGGUAUUGCAAGGCAUUUGACGCUAGAGCUAAUGGCUAUGGGAGAGGAGAGGCCGUUAAUGCAAUCUACAUCAAGCCCCUGGGCCGAGCAAUCGCAGACGGGGAUAACAUACGUGCAGUCAUUAGGGCAACAUCGGCAAACUAUGAUGGGCAGUCGGCCAAGAUUUUUGCCCCAGACAUCGAAAGCCAAGCGCGACUGAUACGAAAGGCUUACCAAAAAGCACAAAUCGUAGAUCCUUCAGAAACAUGCUUCGUCGAAUGCCAUGGAACCGGCACCAAAAUUGGAGAUGUAAUCGAGACGACAGCAGUUGCCCGAGUCUUCGGUUCGCGAGGAAUGUACAUUGGAUCGGUUAAAACCAAUUUCGGUCACGGCGAAGGUGCCUCGGGUCUCACAGGAGUAAUAAAAGCUAUACUGUCCCUGGAGCGUCGCAUAAUUCCACCAAACAUGCACUUUGCCCAACCUAAUCCCAAGAUACCCUUUCAAAAAGGACGCCUAGAAGUUCCUACCGAGCCAAUUCCAUGGCCUUCUGAUCGGAAGGAACGGGUUAGUGUUAACGGUUUCGGUAUUGGUGGUGCCAACGCACAUGCUAUUCUGGACUCAUGGCCUACCCCGAGGGAUGAGGCUACAGAGUCUGUCCCGGGACAUCCUCAUAGAAGCUGCCUGCUUGUGGUCUCUGCUGCAAGCGAAAGAGCACUCCAGGCUCGCUGCGAAGCAGUGAGAUCCUACAUACUUGAGAAGCCUUCCCUGAUCUCUGAUGUUGCCCACACCCUCGGUUUGUGUCGGGAGCACCUCCCUUACCGUACCUUUAUGGUAACUAGUGGUAAGGAUACUACUGAUGAACCUCGUUUGACUCGAAAUGCAUCUACUUCUCCCAUGAGCGACAUAGUAUUUGCGUUCUCCGGUCAGGGUUCGCAGUGGUGCGGCAUGGGGAGAGAAUUAAUGGAUGCGUUCCCGAGUUUCAAGCUCGACUGCCUCACAAUGGACCAAAUAUUGCAAGAGUUGCCUGAGCCUCCCAAAUGGAGCAUCGUUGAUGAACUCCAAACGCUGGAAGACCCACAGAAGAUGGGGGAGCCUGUAUUUGCACAGACCCUAUCUGCUGCUGUGCAAAUUGCGCUGGUAAAUCUUCUUGAAAGUUGGGGCAUACACCCUGCGGCUACAAUUGGUCAUUCCAGCGGUGAAGUAGGAGCUGCUUAUGCGGCGAAAGCGAUUCCCCUUCGAACGGCCAUAGUCAUAGCCUACUACCGAGGCCUUUGUGCCAUGUCUUGCCCACCGUCAGGAGGAAUGGCGGUUGUUGGUCUAGGAGUGAAUGCUGCUAAAAAGUAUCUCAAAGAUGGACUCGUGGUGGCCUGUGAGAAUGGCCCUGAGACGGUCAAUAUCUCUGGCAACCGAGACAGUCUAGCAGCUGUUGUGGUUCAGAUCAAGGCUGACAAUCCAGACACUUUCACGAAACUGCUGCCUAUACGCGUGGCUUACCAUUCCCCCGAUAUGAAGCAAGCGGCGGCUGUCUUUAGAGACUUGAUUGAGCCUUAUAUCCUUUUCAAUGAUAACAUGAUACCGUUUUAUUCGACACUUACGGGCUCGGUAGUCAACGAUCCCACUCAGCUUAGCGCUGGCUAUUGGGCAGCCAACCUCGAGUUUCCAGUCCUUUUCGCCAGAGCCGUCGAGUCUCUCCUUGCUUCUAAUAACAAUAUAUCGAAGACUUUCGUCGAAGUCGGACCCAACUGUUCUCUCUCAGCACCUCUGCGCCAAAUACUUGCUCAGCAUACAUUGCAAGCGAACAAAUACAUUCCCACUCUAUUAAUUGAUCAAGACCAAGCACGUUGCUUGUUGCAAGUCGCGGGAGAGCUAUUCUCAACUGGAUGUGAUAUUGAUCUGGAAGCAAUCAAUGGCAAAGGCCAAUUCGUUAGCUGCCUGUCGCCAUAUCCAUGGGACCGACAGAGCCUGAAUUGGAAGAAACAUCCACGCCAUGAACUUCUAGGUUCCCGGACGCUAGAGUCAAGUGAUAUUGAACCAUCCUGGAGGAACCUACUAAGCCUAGUAGAUGUGCCAUGGCUUGGUGACCACUGCAUCAUGGGAGAAACCCAAUUUCCGUGCGCAGGGUACAUUGCAAUGAUCAACGAAGCCGUCCGCCAGAUAUCCAGCAUGCAAGAGUGCACGAUCCGGAACUUGUGCAUUCAGGCUCCUCUUUUACUCCACCAAUGGGAAAGGAUUGAGAUUGUAACAAGCGCCAAGCCUGUCAAGAUCAGUGAUCGAGUAGCCUCUUCGUCCUACGAAUUCAGCAUUGUGUCCUACAACGGUAUCGAGUGGGUCAAACAUGCCGUAUGUCAGGCCGGAGCUGGAACAGCACAGCUUGAUCUGGAUUUGGUCUCAAAUCAUGAAUGCGCACGGUCCAUGACUUCAAAUAAAUUAUAUCAAGAGUUGCGAAAACUUGGUUUGGAGUAUGGACCCGCCUUUAGAGGUUUGGAGAGCAUUCGAGCAGACCCCUUAAGCUACAGAGCAACAGCAGUCCUCCGGACUGAAGACACCCAUGCUGUGCACCCUACUACGAUUGACAAAGGCUUACAACUCCUCAGUGUCGCAGCUUCAAAAGGGAAAUCAAUGCAUGACUCAAAGCCUCACGUUCCUGUGUUUGUGGAUACUAUUCAGAUCGGUCGGAACCGACCGUUGGUGAAGGUGACAGCGUCUAUGGAGAGUCUCGCUGUGAGCCAGCCCAAGACCAAAGUCAUCUUUGAAGAAAAUACAGACCAAGGUAAUGCAAGAAUACUCUCGAUGAAAGGAGUCCUACUCGUUCCAUUGGACAGCAGCAUAAAAGCUGGGUCCAAGAACAUUCCUUUGGCAACGUAUGGCGAAUGGCGCCCGGACAUGGAUCUGAUCACAGCCCAGGACCAGCUUUCUGGUCUCAAAAGCUUAACUGAUUCACAGGUGCGCACGAUCAUUGCAGCUUCAACAAUCAAUAUGAUUCAAGUACAUCGACUUCUCCAACAUACAGUUACGUUCUCGGAGAAGUCAAAGGACUAUCAAGGCUGGAUCCACGCUCAGAUCGAGAAUCUACUAACCGGCAAGCUGACCACUGUCGAGGAGGCAAAAACGUGGGCAACACUAGAGGAUGGUGAUCUAUCGAAGGAGGUUGAAGCUUUAAACGAGACUCUCGAAUCUGAGGGAUUAAAGCAUGUUUCAGACCUGUUGAAGGGCAUUUUAAACUCGACCUUGGAUGUCAUCCGAGGCUUCUGUGACACUGAAUCAGUAUCAAGUUUGCGCAGUUUGGCAGAGUGCUUCAAGAUAUCGCCCACGAGUGACCUGUCCGCUUGGCUUUCUCUGGUCUCACAUUCCAAACCGACACUACGAGUUCUCGAGAUAGAAGCCCUCCUCUCACAGCUCAAGUCAAUAGGCGAAAGACUAUACUCAAGCUAUACAAUCACGAGCACGAACGGUAAUACGCAUCUUCAUUUUCAACAGCUGGACAUCACCCGAGAUCCACUACUGCAAGGAUUUCAGGAAGGCGCUUUUGACUUGGUGAUAGUAUCUAGAAUGUGUCUUGAGAAAUCAGGACUGGAAUAUUCCUUACAGCACAUCAAGAAACUCCUCACAAAUAACGGGAGCCUUCUACUUCACAUACCAAGUCCAGGAGACUGUCAGCCCCUUGAAGCAUGGCAUAAUUCACUUCUGCGGGCAGGGUUCACCGGGGUUGACACAUAUUCAUACGACGCUAGGUUUCCCUAUCCAGUGCACUACAAUAUUAUCUCGCGUAUCUCAGACUGGGAUACAGUGAAGAAAACAAAAUUGAUAUACCUUCUAUGCACGACUAAGAGACAUGAUCAUCCUUGGAUAUGCAAUGUGGAAGCCGUGCUUGAGCAGGCAGGCUACCACACCGAGCGAUGCAUACUUGGAGAAGCAUUACCUCCUAAUCAAUGCGUUAUUUCCUUUUUGGAUCUCGAUAAACCCUUCUUCAAUGACAUAGACAUACAGAGCUGGGGCUGGUUUCAGUCAUUGAUCAGGAGUUCUCCUCGCAUCCUUUGGAUUACCCCGUCCGUCGAACUUGGAUGCCAUGAUCCUGAAUUCGGAAUUGCACUCGGUGCAUCACGAACAGUUCGACAAGAGGAAGCACUCCAUUUCGGUACAUUACAGAUAGACCAAUUCAACAAGACCGCAAUCAGGCCUACUUUGAGAGUAUGCGAAAAAUUUUUCGAAGCAACUGAUGGUCAAGACACGAACGACAUAGACUACGAGUUCGCUUUGCAAGAUGGGACCGUUUACGUCCCGAGAUUCCAUUGGGAGUCCCUUUCUGACUGUCUUCUUCGGGAGCCGGAUCCGACAGCUCCCAUCAAAUUAGACGUCAGUACGUACGGUUCAAUGAACUCUCUUGGUUGGGUCGAACACGAACUCGGUCUUCCUGGGCCACACGAAGUUAUGGUCGAUGUCAGUUAUGUUGGCUUGAACUUCAGAGAUAUUAUGAUUCAAUUGGGAAUCAUGGCGAGCAAAGAUGAAUUUGGGGUCGAAGCUAGUGGCAUCGUCCGCCAAUGUGGCAGCGACGUGGAGCAAGUGAAGCCUGGCGAUAAGGUUAUGCUGCUUCAGCCUGGACUUUUCUGCUCGCGCGUGUGUGUUCCUGUUUCCAGCUGUGUGCGUCUACCAGCGUGGCAUUCCUUGGAGGAUGCUGCUUCACUGGCUGUGGCAUACGGUACAGCCCUCUACUGCUUGACAGACAUUGCUCGGCUUGAAAAGGGUCAGUCUGUGCUGGUCCAUGCAGCAUGUGGAAGUGUUGGCUUGGCUGCAAUCAACUUGUGCCAGAUGCUUGGUGCCGAAAUAUAUGCGUCGGUUGGCAGCGAGGAGAAAGCUUUGCAUCUUGUCAAUACGUUCCAUAUCCCGCGACACCGGAUCUUUAAUUCGAGAGACAGCAGUUUCCUUCCGGGAAUACUACGUGAAACGGGUGGCCGCGGGGUUGACGUUGUGCUCAACUCGCUGGCUGGAGAGCUGUUGCAUGCAUCAUGGUCAUGCGUUGCAGAAUUUGGUAAGAUGAUAGAGAUUGGUAAACGAGAUAUCCUCGAGCACGGAACAUUGCCAAUGGAUGCUUUCGGGGGUAACCGGGCCUUUAUUGGUGUGGAUCUCAUAAGACUGGGGCAGAAACCUGGAGCCUUUGCAAGCUUAACGUCUCGAGUGAUGGAUCUCUAUGCAGAGGGCAAAAUAUCCCCAAUCCGCCCAUCGAAGGUCUUCGAGGCUUGCGAUGUGAAGGAAGCCUUCCGAUACAUGCAAAGCGGCCUCCACAUUGGUAAAAUCAUAAUAAGAAUGCCUCAGACUACCAAUGGCCUCAAUGUUGCCCGAUCACGAAGACAUCCAGCCCUCUCGCCUGAUUUAGCCUAUGUUUUAGUCGGCGGUCUAGGGGGGAUUGGACAGACACUUGCGACCUGGAUGGUGGAAAAGGGCGCCCGACACUUGAUAUUUCUCUCACGGUCCGCAGGUACAUCUGCUCGAGAUCAGGCUUUUGCACAUGAACUGGAGAUCCAGGGAUGCACGGUUGUACUGGCCAAAGCCGACGUGUCGGUUUUGGAGGAUGUGGAAGCCGCCAUUCGCUCAUGUCCUCUCCCUAUCGGGGGAAUCCUCCAGCUAUCUAUGGUUCUUCGAGACCAAUUCAUCCAAAAUAUGACACAUAAGGACUGGCAAGAUGUGUUGGCCUGCAAGGUCGCAGGCACUUGGAAUCUGCAUCAUGCGUUACAAGGUCGUGAUGCUCACCUGAGGUUCUUUGUCCUCUGUGGUUCCAUUUCAGGCGUCUUGGGUACCCCAGGUCAAAUCAAUUAUUCCUCAGCCAAUGCUUUCAUGUCCUCUUUCACGCAGUAUCGCCUGCAGCUUGGACUUCCCGCCUCGGUCGUCAACCUCGGCGCCGUGGGAGAUGUGGGAUACAUCGCCACACAAGACCCAAAACUACGAGAGAGGAUGAGCUCUGGAUCCGUACGCCUUCUGCAGGAGCAGGAAGUUCUGGACGCAUUCGAACUCGCUAUUUUCAAGUGUCAAUCAAGGGCUCCCUUGCAUACUGCUGAUGGUACCAUCACAGCGCCAAACAAUAUCAUCGUUGGCAUGAGCAGUACGAAAUCCCUAAGAGACCUCUCCGUCCGUCCGCUUUGGGGGCAAGAUGCGCGAUUCGGCAUCUACCGGAAUCUCGACGAGGACGUCAACACAGGCCCAGCACAGUCAUCCUUGAGCAAUGCAGCAGCCUUGCGGGAUUUUCUAGCCUUAAUCGAAAGACAACCUGAGAAUCUCGAUACCGAUGGCAUCGCAAAUACGAUACUUGAGUACUCGAUCAAGUGUAUACAGGAGUACUCUAAGUUUGCCCAUGACCUCAGCUACGAUCAGGUGGUGGAAUUGCCUAUUGACUCUUUAAUGACAAUUGAGAUGCGCAAUUGGUCUCGUCGCAACAUAGGUGUUGUGUUGUCUCUGACGGCUAUCAGCAAGGCGGGUACUAUUGGAGGACUGGGUGAGGUGAUACUGGCGUCAUUGCGUUCAAAGUAUCGUAAGACGUGA